AUGCUCCUGAGGCAGCACCGGAAGCAGCGGGAAAGUAACAAGAACCAGAAUCCUUGUAGUAUGUGUUCAGUCAGAGAAAAAAUGAUGUUACAGCUCGUCAAAACUCCAAAUAAGAUAUCACCUAUCAGCAUACUUCAGGAAAAACAGUUGUCUGAGAUGAUUUUACAGGAUUCUUCAAGCAACAAUAUGAUGCAGCGCUUCCAGAAACCCAGGAGCGCCCGACGCCGAGGCAGUGACACGGCCGUGACUCGUCCCCGCCAGCCCGCGGCCGCGCUGACCAGCGGCGACGCACCGGGAAAAUCCCCGGGAGAAGCCGCGGGGAGCGGAUGGGCGAGCCCCGGCCCCCGCGGGGAGCUCUGCCGUGCGUGGAGCCCCCUCCGUCCGAGCCGCCGUGACAGCCGCGGCGGGGCCCGGCGGGAGGGGCCGCCGCCCUCCCGCGCGUCGCCCGCACAAAGGAGCCCCUCCGCCACCGCGGCCGCACGAACAAUACCCGGACCUGUUGCGCGGGUUCCCCUGGGUCGUACCGACCUGCCCGUGCCCCCGGCCGGCGCGACCCACGAAGGGGCAGGGAAACGGGCAGGGGUGGAGGGCGAGCUCCGCCGGCAGCCGCCAGGUACCCCGUUACCCGUCCCGCCUGCUGCGGGGAAGCGGCAGCGGCCAGGGAGAGCUACCUUGCUGCAAGACCGGGCCACCGCCGCCCCCCGGGAAGAGCGGGAACUGGCCGCCGCCCGACAGAACGGGGCGCCCCACAGCUCCAACGCCGCCGCCCGGGGAACAAAGCGCGGCCAGGCCGCGGGGCCUGCGCUGCGCUCGGAGCCGCUGGGCCGCUCCUCCGCGGGGCCGGGGCGAGGGAAGAGCCCCUCCGGACACGGCUACUCACCCGGCUGCGGCGCUCCGGGUGCCCGGGCUGGGAGGACGCCGGCGGCAGGGCGGGCGGACGCGGGGCGGAGCCUGGACCCGCCCGCUCCGGCCAGGCUGCGACGGCUGCCCUCAGCCGCCUCGCACCGCCUGGCUGGCCCGGCGGCAGCCCCCGGGGAGGGGAGCGGCUCCGAGCCCUCCCCCGUCGGCAAGGAGACAGCGCACACGGGGCACUACCGGGCCCGCCUCCGCUCCGCUGUCCCACCACCCCCGCCCGCGGAGCGCGGAGCCGCCGAACUGCCCGUCCCUCCUGCGGAGCCUCCGCGGCCGCUGCGCGGGACCCGGGCCGGCCCAGGGACGGCGGCGCGAAGCCCCACCCCGCCGGGAGACAAUGCGCCGCCGCCGUCCCGCUAG